CCGCAGGCCGUCGGCAGGCCCGCCGGCCCGGCGAGCGAGGCGCCGGCGGCGGGGCCCGCCGCCGCCCUGCGCGAGCAGCCGCGCCUGCUGGCCUUCGAGGGCAGCGGCGCCCUGCUGUGCCGGCCGAGCGCGGAGGCCGUGGGGCGCGGCGGCCACCGGCCCAACGCCGUGCGCAACAGCCGGUUCACGCCCCUCACCUGGCUGCCGAAGUCCCUCUUCGAGCAGUUCCGCCGCACCGCGAACGUCUUCUUCCUCUGCGUGUCCGUCCUGGUCUUCAUCGAGCCGGUGAUCUCCUGGCUCACCUGCACGGCCUUCUUCGUGGCCGUGCUGCUGUGGACCGCCCUGAAGGACCUGUACGAGGACCUGAAGAAGCGGCGUGACGACGACGUGGAGAACAGCCGGCCGUGCCAGCGGUACGACCCGGCCUCGGGGUCCUUCGUGCAGGUGCAGUGGCGCGAUAUCGUCGCGGGCGACCUGAUCCUGUCCCUGCAGGACGAGGCGCUGCCCGCCGACGCCCUCAUCGUGCAGGCGAGCGACGAGCAGGCGUUCGUGUCGACCGUGAACCUGGACGGGGAGACGAACCUCAAGGCGGCCAUCUACGACGUUUGGCUGAUGCUCGAGACGUGCUCAGUGGCGCUGCCAAUGCAGGAACAUACAUCGAACUACCCAGACCACGUGAAAGGCAAGAAGGAACACGAUCUUGGGCCACCCUGCGUCUACGCGAUGGGCGGCGCUCUCAAGGCGCACGCGGAGGAGAACUGCACACAACCUCGGAAAGCGUGUACGGAGCACGAUCAAUGGUCAGUCAAGAGAAAGUGCGGUUUGAUUCUACACUGCAGAGUGGAGAAGGUCUACCAGCGCGGCACGAAGGUGGGCAGGGUUGCAGCGACGUUUUUCGCGCGCGAGCUUCAGGAGUGGCUCGAGGGCAUGGGGGGCUAG